UCCCUCCCUCUCCUCCCUCCUACUCUGACCAGACAACACAACCACCACCACCACUCCCGACCGCAAUUCCCGACUACAACCACACACACUCAUUAUCUCAUUUUUAGAUGCCAUCGUCCGAAUAGGCCACAUCCGUGUGUAUCAACUUCAGCCUCUCCUCCUCCUCGAGGCCCUGAAGUCUUCUCGCACCACAACAACCUCGACCCAGCCCCCUCCAGAUGUCGCCAACCAAGCCCUCUACUUCGGUCUCCACACGACUUCAGCGACACGUAGGCACCGUGGCUUCGAGUAUCCCACGGCGUAUCAAAACAAGUGCAGCCGCAUCGAUAAAAUCCCAAAAUGUCGAGCCAAAAUCGAAAACAGUAUUGAAGUCGAAACUGAAAUCGAACUCAUCGACUGGUAACAAGGACUCGAUAUUCAACGACUCGACCGCCACUACACUACCAGCAAAAGUGACAUCGUACUUCGCAGGUGCUCAGUAUGGAGGGGAUAACAAGGAGAACAUUCCUUUAUCUGGUGUCAUGACCCGUUCACGGGCAAGUCGAGUAAACGGAGGCUCUCCUACGAGAGGCAAGAGCGGCAUCUCGAAAGCAACUCCAUCAAUUCUUCAGAGAUCGGCACUGGCACGCCUCCCACUACGUGAGUUGUCUGAGGGCGAGAUCUUUGAACGUGAUGAGGCGGCGCUUGGGGACCUGCGGCGACGACGGUCUGGCGAACAUUCGGGCUCAUAUGUCGAAUUCGAUUCGCAUACUGCCCAAGCUGUCGACACUCGUGCCUCAUCGGCCAUUUCAUCAUCGACCGUCACGGCUAGCUUGCAUUCUACUACUGUCACGGAAGUGAUUGAAGAAGAAGAUGGCAAGGAGGAAUGCGGUGGAAAGAUUCGUGUGUUGCGAAGGACGGACAGCGAGGAGGUAUUGCGGGUGAAGGUGGAGGCCAUAAUGGCGGCCACUUCGGCAGCAUCUUCAUCGACUGGAACGACGAAGAAAUUCUCGACCCUUCGCAAGAGGAUGCAGACCCCGACAAAGCUGAAGCACCCUGCCCUCAAAGACUCGCCUGCCUUUUCCCCCGCCACCACUCCCCUUCCUUUCGCUGGCUCCUCGGAGCGCUUCUCGCUGUCGCCGACCAAGGAGUCACCUAUACUCUCUCGCCAGUCUGCUGCCGCCGUCACAAAGGCCCAGCAAUCCCCUGUGCGCACCGUGAGAAAGGGACUGGGCACCAAGAGUGCCAAUACGAUUAUGAAGGAGGUCGUCAAUGCGAUCAAGGAGAACCCAGACAAGGGAAAGAAGGUUAUCAUCUCUGCGAGCAACAACCCGACCGUUGGACAGAAGAAGAAGACAGCGACAAAGAAGCCUGCCGGCGGCUUGAAUACUCUGCGCAGGGCUGCAGGAUCUUCCCGUCCGACUACGACAGCCGCGAAGGCUGGGCUGGAGUCUAUCAGAAGGAUGCGGUAACGCGGGAUGGUUCCCGGUCUGCGGGAACAUGGAUGGGAUCAAUAUUUCGGGCUGGUUGUUUGGAACUUUGAAUGAAAGUUCAUUUCUGCAACUGUGGAGCGUUUCUUGUUUUGGCCUUUUCGUUUCUUCUCAUUUCCUCAUCGGCUUCUUUCUUUUGCGUGAAAGAUAUCCGCCUUCUGGG